CUUUGAUACUGCUGCUGCAUUGUGUUGCUCUAAGCCGUUUGUUUUAUUGUUACUGUGAUAUUGCUUCAUCAAAAAAAGUCCACUAGUUCACAAAAUUCAUAAAAAGAAGAGAGGGAAAGAAGAAUUAUAGAAGAAGAAUUAUAAUUUAAUUGAAUACGUUUUUAUGAGAUGGGAUUCACUCUGAAAGUUAAUCCACCCCUCUGUUGUAAGUCUGAAAUUUCAGAUGGUAAAUUAACUAAAACUGGUUGCCAGAAUAUUAAGAAAUACGUGUCAUUCCCCUUUAAAGUAGCAGAAAGGUUUUCCAUUGGCAAGAUCUUAUAUAAUUCUCUGUUCCAGCUCUUGUGUUGAUCCACUGCCCGCUGUGAACCGCCUAGGUGUCGCUGUUGGAGCGGCUUAUCGUGUUGGUGCCCAGCUUCGCCUCCAGCAGAGAGCAGUGCGCGGUCGGUUGGAUGUGAGCGCCACCGACCGACCUGUCUCUACUUCCAGAUUGAAGAUGGCGGUCUCGGUGUUCCCCGGCGUGCGGCUCCUGUCCAUCGGAGACGCGAACGGAGACAUACAGCGACACUCAGAGCAGCAGCCGCUGCGGUUAGAAGUGAAAACCUCACAAGAUGCUGCCCUCAUCAAUCUCUCCAAUGGAGAGGAGGCGAGUGUGUUCAAGUGUUCAGUUUCCAGGGAGACGGAGUGCAGCCGUGUGGGGAAGCAGUCAUUCAUCAUCACACUGGGCUGUAACAGCGUCCUGCUGCAGUUCUCCUCACCUGCAGACUUUCAGUCCUUUUAUAACCUCCUGAAGAACUGUCGUGGGCAUCUCGGUGAGCGCUCAGUCUUUAGUGACAGAACAGAGGAGUCCUCUGCUGUACAGUACUUCCAGUUUUAUGGCUACCUCUCCCAGCAACAGAACAUGAUGCAGGACUACGUUCGGACAGGGACCUACCAACGGGCGAUCCUCCAGAACCACACCGACUUCAAGGACAAGGUGGUGCUGGAUGUCGGUUGUGGCUCGGGGAUCCUCUCUUUCUUUGCAGCCCAAGCUGGAGCCAGGAAGGUCUACGCUGUGGAGGCCAGCACCAUGGCACAGCAUGCCGAGGUGCUGGUGAACAGUAACCGUUUAGGGGAGCGCGUGGUCGUCAUCCCGGGAAAGGUGGAGGAGGUGACGCUGCCCGAGCAGGUUGACAUCAUCAUCUCAGAGCCCAUGGGCUACAUGCUGUUCAAUGAGCGCAUGCUGGAGAGCUACCUGCAUGCCAAGAAGUUCCUCAAACCCAAUGGUAAAAUGUUCCCUACUAUCGGUGACGUCCACCUGGCCCCCUUCACAGACGAGCAGCUCUACAUGGAGCAGUUCACCAAGGCCAACUUCUGGUACCAGCCCUCCUUCCAUGGUGUAGACCUCUCUGCCCUACGGGGGGCAGCAGUGGACGAGUAUUUCCGCCAGCCAAUCGUGGACACAUUUGAUAUCCGUAUCCUGAUGGCCAAGUCGGUCAAGUACACAGUCAACUUCCUGGAGGCCAAAGAAGAUGAUCUUUACAGGAUAGAGAUUCCCUUUAAGUUCCACAUGAUGCACUCAGGCCUGGUGCACGGCCUGGCUUUCUGGUUUGAUGUGGCGUUUAUGGGAUCAGUGAUGACAGUAUGGCUGUCCACAGCACCCACAGAGCCCCUCACCCACUGGUACCAGGUGCGCUGUCUGCUGCAGUCUCCCCUCUUCACCAAGGCUGGAGAUACACUGUCCGGCACUGCAGUGCUGGUGGCCAACAAGAGACAGAGCUACGACAUCAGUAUUGUUGCCCAGGUGGACCAGACCGGAUCAAAGUCCAGCAAUCUCCUGGACUUGAAGAACCCCUUUUUCAGGUACACAGGCACCACCCCCAACCCUCCUCCUGGCUCACACUACACCUCCCCAUCUGAGAACAUGUGGAACACGGGGGCAGCCUACAGCAUGAGUCAGGGGAUGGGUGUAUCAGGGAUGCCUGCAGCUUAUGACCUCAGCACAGUCAUCGGCAGCGGCACGUCAGUGUCUCACAACAACCUCAUCCCCCUGGGUACGAAUCACACUCCACCUGGCCCCUCAACAUCUUGUGGAACUUGGUCUAGUGGGGAACAAAUAGGAGAGCAACAGAGGAAAUCUGCAGUGCAGCAUGAAGUACCAGUGAACACAGGGAUUGUGAACCACACCCAUUCCAGGAUGGGCUCCAUCAUGAGCACAGGAAUUGUCCAGGGAGCCACUACGGGCCAAUCAGGCCCCAGCAGCAGCGGUACUUACUAUCCCGUCACCAACCAGUUCACCAUGGGGGGUGCUGCCAUCUCCAUGGCCUCACCUAUGGUCAUCCCCAGCAACACCAUGCAUUACGGCAGUUAAGACGAAGACCUUGCAAAGACCUCUUUGACCUCCCCACCCCUGCAUGACAAGACAUCCCCAACCCCUCCCAGUGGAGCCCCUCAACCCUGACUGACCCACCAACCGCAGCCAAAACCAGUAUACCAAAACCAGUGCUGUCCCAGCACUUCCUCCCCUUGUUCGUCACCCUCAUUUUACUGUGUUCAGUCCAUCACUAUAUGAACGGUUGAACACUCUCGUAUCCGUCCAGACUCUUGUCUUGCUAACAGCAGAAACCACCACCUCCUCCUUUACCCCUCCUUGGAUUCAUUGGGACUGUAACACGUUCACAGCUGAGAUGCACAGCCGUUGUUUGUCCCCUUUCCUGGGUUCCCACCCUCUUCCCUCACCUCCCACUCCCCUUCUUUCUCAGUUUUUUUUUUCCAAUGUGUCAUAACCCACAUUUCCUCAAACCCUUCCUACCCCUAAGAAUCAACUUGUUGCCAGAUACCAGCAUCAGUCUCUUCCUAAAGUUCUCCGCCAGACCUACACUGAAGCUUCUCAUUAGUGCAGUAGGACACUAUUAUCAUCAUCAACACUCAUCUCUGGGCUGCCAUCUUGGCUUUUCAUAUCUGAUCGAAUCUUCAAGAGACUGACUCAUGCCAGACAAAAGUUCCUUUGAAAAAAACCCCACAUUUUUCCCGCUUACCUCUAGUCAGUGUUCUCAUGCAGUUAGUUUCAGUUUUAUGCAAAGGCAGAUAUAUCAGUAAACUGAAACCAUCUACAUGGCUAGAUACCCUUAAGAGUAAAUGAUAGAUUUUUGUGAUUUGGAUAAACUGACCCUCUAAGUUCUGCUUAUUACGCAAUGUGUGGUUAUCGGUGUUGUGUUUAUAUUCUCAAUCCUACUUAAAAGCAGUAGUCUUGAUGCAUUCCACCAAUGUUCAUUUAAACAUCAAGUUUUGGGAGUAUGGCACGGUGGUUACCUUCCAUUCUGAGUGAUGAGAUAAAGCAGCACCAUAAUCAUCUGUUUCUGCUGUAGAUAGUGGGUUCCAGUCCUUUUUGCUAAAAAUUAAGCAAACACUACAUUAACUGGAAUUGGGCUCCAUGCUAGCAUGUUGGCAUACAAUACAUUAAGUGGCAAUUAGCAAUAGCCUGUAAUGUAAAUGAACAGCUCUGAUAUUCUGUAUUUUUAAAGCUGCAUGAAUUGAUAUUUCUUCACCACAUGUUAGCAAACUGUUGCUUAUUUACACAUCUAGCACACACGGAGUAACAUCAGCAUUCAUUUGACUUCAUAUUUCUGACUACCAGACAGAUGUAAGUCAAAUAUUCACUCUUGUCAGAGCUGUCACUGAAACAGCUGCUGCUGGAAAUGAGGUUGCCUGAACCAAAGCAGUCAAUUUGUAGGCCAGAAAACCAAAACAACGAGCUGAAAGAUGCUAUGAAGCUCCGUAAAGCUGAGGGGAACUGCAGUCAAGAAAUAAUUAACUUCUCUUCUGUGGGUUUGUCACUAUGAACGACCCCUGUCACAUUCCACACAGUCAUUUGAUACAUUUGAAUAUAAAAUAUGGCUUAGUGCAGCUUUAAAUAUGCUUGCACAUCUUACCCAGACUUGUGAUGUUGUUAGCCUAGCUUAGCUCAAAGUCUGGAAGCAGGGAGUAACUGCUACCCUUUCUCUAUUAAAAAGGGAACAUAUGCUCCUCCAAAAUGCUCCUAAGCUCCUGUCUUGGGUUAAGUUUACAUCAUGUUCAUGUAAUAUUUAGAAAUAAACUUUUUAGAGCAGUUAAGUCAGACAAAUUCCUCGACCCACCUACAGCUGGGUGCAGUGUCUGCAUGCAGCAUCUCAAAAGUCCUGUCCUCAUAGUGGGGUUGCCAGGUUUGAGCACCGUCCAAAGUGAACAAAAAGCCAGGUGACACUUUAUAUUUGCACAGGUAAAACAAGUUCUACAACAAAUGAUUAAAGGGAGCUGUUAGAAGGUGUAUUUUGUCUGAUUUUUGAUAUAGCUAGGCUAACUAGCAUGAAGUGCUGGUCAGUUUAUAGCUGCUGCAGGUUAUCGUAUUCUUAUUUUUGAGGCAGGCCUCAGCUUCAAACGAACUUGUUUGUACAACAUGUCGUCUGAUUACAUCUAAAGGGAAAUGUGUAUAUAUACCUGUUCUGAAUGGCCACACCUGAAGGUGGAGCAUAAAGCCUGCCAUCGUAGCCUCUUCUGGCUGCGUCCCGCUGAUUCCUGAUAUCUCUCCAAGAUUUUUUUUUUUUUUUUAAAUGUCUGUUGCUUGAGAGAGAAGUUUAAAGCUUCGGCACAAUCUGCAAAUUGCUGUGUAAAGUUGGCAUGCCUGUCGGAUUUUAUGUCUGAAAUUUAAAAAAAACUGUCUGACGCAGCUGUUGUUAGGCGAUCUGACAAGCACUUCGUUUGAAGCACACUGAGGCCUUUAGGCAAACCCUAGAGACACCAGUCUGUUAGGGAGCUUUGGAUGAUUUUGGUGUGUUUGUUACCCAACAUGGAAGGUGACCAGUGGGACAGUCUGCCAAAAAAUAAUUGGUGUCCUUUUUUUUUUUUCUAGCUAGAACAUUUUAGUCCUUUCACAGUUGUAAACCUGCUGCUGCCUGUUCUCUUCACCCAAUACCCAGCUUUGAUCUGAGAGGACAUUGCAGCAGCACCCAAGCUGAUCAGCCAGUCAUUUGUGAAGCCAGAUUGCUCCGGCACAGUCAGAGGAGGAAGAUUUGGAGAACGAACCAGUAAGGACCAAUGACCCAGGCGGCAGCCAGCUGGCCGCCAGAAUGAGAAAAGCUGUGCUGGAUUGGCAUCGUCCUAGUUUACAUCCUUGCUUUCCUCCCUCGCUUCUCCUCCCAACCUCCUUUGAGACUAUGAGACUGUCGCAAAAAGACUUCAAGGUCGAGGCGUGGGAGACAGGGCCAGUCCAUCCCUCCUCGCCGUUCAAUAUGUAUGACCUCCAACAUAUCAUGCCCCCAACACACCCGACACCCUCAUCCCUGUGUAUGAGUUAAGGAGAGAAAGACUGACACAUGUAUGCAUUGCUUCCAGUGUCACAACUAUUGGACUUGGUUCAUUUGGAAUUUAUGGGUUAGCAAGUUUUAAGAGAGCUGCGAAAAAAAAUGUCUUUGUAGGAUUAACCUUUUUUGUCUUUAUUUUGUCUUUUUUCUUUCACAAAAAAACAACAAACAAUUAAAAAAAGAGAGCAAAUUAAAUGUGGUGGAGAUGUUCCAAAAACCAUCCUGGAAUCAGGUGUUGUAGUACUUUUAAUUUGUUCCCUAUAGUUUGUUAAAUAGACUGUGGACACACCAGAUGUUUACCAUGUGGUAGCUAGCCUAUAGCGAUCUUGUCCCUUUUUGUCAUGAAAUCAUUGCUCUGUGUAGUCAAUAGUGGCAUCCACUUUUAUCAUGGAAAAGUGUAUGACGAAGACUGUGUGUCAUGUUCUGUCAUUUCUGUGUGUUGACCUACCAGUAAUAACACCUUUCUCACUGUCUGA